AUGCACCUCUUGAACGUGACGCUGCAGCCGCCCACGGGCGUCCACCUGGCCGUGUACGGCAACUUCUCUGCGCCUCAAGCUCAAGAGUUCGUCGUCGCUCGUGGCAACCUGCUGCAGCUGCUGCGUCCCGACGCUGCUGGACGUCUCGACGUGCUCAUCUCGACGCCUGUGUUCGGCGUCGUGCGGUCGUUGCAGGCGUUCCGCCUCACGGGAGGCGACCGGGACUUUAUUGUCGUGGCAUCAGAUGCUGGCAAACUUGUGGUCUUGGAAGUGGACGCGGCGCUGCGGGCGUUCCAGGCCAAACACAUGGAAACCUAUGGGAAAACCGGCUGUCGACGCAUUACGCCGGGUCAGUACUUGGCCGUGGACCCGAAAGGACGAGCUGUGGUCGUUGCUGCUGUGGAGAAACAGAAGCUCGUGUACGUGAUGAACCGCGACGCGUCGAGUCGUCUCACGAUUUCGUCGCCGUUGGAAGCGCAUCGCUCGCACGCGAUCCACUUUGAUGUGGUGGGACUGGACGUGGGGUUUGAGAACCCGCUGUUUGCCUGUCUGGAGCUGGAUUACGCAGAUGCUGACGCUGAUCCAAGUGGCUGUGCGGCUCAGGAGGCAGUCAAGACGCUCGUGCUGUAUGAACUGGAUCUUGGACUGAAUCAUGUAACGAGACGGUGGAGUGAAGAUGUGGUGCGGAGUGCCAAUAUGCUGGUGGCUGUGCCGGGAGGAGGAGACGGACCUGGAGGUGUCUUGGUCCUUGGCGAGAACACGGUGCAAUACAAGAAUGAAGGACAUGUGGGAUUGACAUGUGCUAUCCCGCAACGAGAACGAGAGGAGAGAAGUGUGGUGAUUGUUGCUGCAGCAACGCAUAAGCAGCGAGACCUAUUUUUUGUGCUCUUGCAGUCUGAACUGGGAGAUCUGUACAAGAUCUCGCUCGAGUAUUCCGGCACUGUCGUGGAUGAGAUCAAGAUUCAGUUUUUUGAUACUAUUCCAGUGGCAACGGCGAUGUGCAUUACGAAGAUGGGACUGCUCUUUUGCGCAUCCGAGUUUUCUAACCACUAUUUAUUCCAGUUUUUGAGCAUUGGAGAAGGAGACGAGACGGCCAAGUGCUCGAGUCUAGCGAUGGAGACCACGGAUAUCGCGACGUUCUCGUUGAGAAAGCUGAAGAAUUUGGCAUUAGCGAGCUCUAUGCCAAGUCUGAGUCCUGUGACUCAGUUGCUGGUGGAUGACUUGGCGCAUGAACAGACGCCACAAAUGUACGCGUUGUGUGGGAAUGGCAAUCGAUCAUCGCUGCGUGUGCUGCGCCAUGGUCUCCCGAUCACGGAAAUGGCCGCGAGUGCGCUGCCAGGUGUUGCCAAGGCAGUUUGGUGCCUGAAAGAGUCGUACUCGGACCCGUACGACAAGUAUAUUGUUGUGAGUUUCGAAGACGCAACACUGGUGCUAGAGGUAGGGGAGACGGUUGAGGAGGUGUCGCAGUCUGGGUUCCUGCGUGAUCAUGGAUCGCUGUUGGUAGCGCUUCUGGAAGACGACUCGAAACUUCAGAUUCAUGCAAAUGGAAUUCGACAUGUGCCACGGUUCCAGCCUGUUACAGAAUGGAAGGCACCUGGAAAGAAAGUCAUCGAACGCUGUGCUGCCAAUUCUCGUCAGGUGGUGAUCUCGCUUGCCGGUGGUGAAGUUAUUUACUUCGAGCUGGGCCAGUCCGGUGAACUUGCCGAAAAAGGUAAGUUAGAUCUUGGGUUCGAAGUCUGUAGCUUGGACUUGGGCGAAGUUCCCGAGGGUCGCCAGCGAUUCCAGUUCAUGGCUGUCGGCAGUUGGGACAACACGGUUCGGAUCCUAUCACUGGAUCCCAAUGAUCUAUUUCGGCAAAAGUCGACGUUGGCGUUGACGUCACACCCGCAUACUCUGUGCCUCGCUCAGCUGCAGAAUGAAUCUUCGACGUCGGACUCGGAGCACUCCUCGCAAGCGCUUUUCUUGAGUAUCGGCUUGGACAACGGUGUGCUUCAGCAAUCACUGGUCGAUCCGAUCACAGCAACUUUGUCGGAUUCUCGCUCGCGCUUUCUUGGCACAAAUCCCGUGAAGCUGUUUCGAGUGGCAGUCGAAGGAAAGCGCUCGAUCCUUGCACUCUCGAGUCGUGCGUGGAUCUCUUACUUCCAUCAGACGCGAAGACACCUCACUCCGUUGUCGUGCGAGCUGCUUUCCUACGCGAGUUCCUUCAAUUCUGAGCAGUGCCCUGGUGGCAUUGUUGCGCUAGCCAACGAUGGGAUGAAGAUUCUGACAGUUGAUCAACUCGGAGACACAUUUAACCAGCAAAAGUGCAAUUUGCGCUACACACCUCGCAAAGCAGUGGUUCACUCUCUGUCUCGACGACUCAUUAUGAUUGAAAGUGAUCACAACGAAUAUGGAGCUGCUUACAAGAGGCAAAACGGUCUACAGAUUCCUGAUGUUCGAAGUGCCACUGAACAGGAAGACGAGGAUGAGGACGAGAUAAGCGAUGCGUUGUUGUUUGCUCGCGGUCCGCUUCCCGCAGAGAAGGACAAGUGGGCAUCGUGCGUGCGGAUCGUUGAUCCCGUGUCGUGUCAAACAGUGGUUUGCGAGGAGCUGGAUGUGGACGAAUGUGCCCGAAGCAUUGCUACUUGUGUGUUCCACGACCGCGGUGGAGAAGCAUUCAUUAUUGUUGGCACGGUAAAGAAGAUGCAGCUGCACCCGCAGAAGGCACCGGCAGGGGGCUGUUUGCGUGUGUAUCGUGUCGUCGAAGGUAUGCAGCUGGUGCUCGUUCACUCAACUGAGAUUGACGACAUCCCGCACGCUAUGUGUGAGUUUCAGGGACGGCUGCUCGUAUCUGUCGGCCGGGCGCUUCGGAUCUAUGAUCUUGGAAAGAAGAAGAUGCUGCGCAAGUGCGAGAACCGCAAUUUUCCGUCCAUUCUGGUCGAGCUGAAGGCUGCUGGGGAUCGAAUUUACGCAUCGGACUUGCACGAGUCAUUUCACUUUGUGAAGUAUAAGAAGGAUGAAAAUCAACUCGUGAUUUUCGCUGAUGACUGUGUGCCGCGCUUCGUCACUAGUAGCGUCUUGCUGGAUUACGACACGUUGUGCGGAGCGGAUAAAUUCGGCAACGUAUUUGUUUGUCGUCUCCCGUCCGAAGUCUCCGACGAGAUUGACAAUCCUACGGGCAACCGUAUUUUGUGGGACUCGGGUCUUCUGAACGGCGCGCCUAACAAACUUGAACAGGUGGCUCAGUUCCACGUAGGAGACGUGGUUACAAGCAUGGUGCGCGGCAGCUUGGUUCCCGGCGGAACUGAAGCGAUUAUUUACGCAACAAUCAUGGGUCGAAUAGGUGCUCUGAUCCCGUUCACUUCGCGCGAGGACGUGGACUUUUACACUCAUCUGGAGAUGUAUAUGCGCCAGGAGCAGCCACCCCUUUGCGGUCGCGACCACCUGUCGUACCGGUCGUACUACAUUCCGGUGAAGAAUGUUACGGAUGGCGAUUUGUGCGAGCAGUUUAGCACAUUGAGCGCAGAGAAGCAGGCCAGUGUGGCUGAAGACCUUGAUAGCACGCCGGCCGAGGUGCUGAAGAAGCUGGAAGAUAUUCGCAAUCGUCUUUUGUAG